CCAGGAUGUGCGUGAGCAGCAGGGGCUGGAAGGUGGCGGCGGCGCGUUCCCUCCGCAGGUCCGCGUUCAUCGUCAUCGCGGCGGCGGUUCCGCUCUGUCCCGGUCCCGAUCCCAGUCCCGAUCCCAAACCCGGCCCCGAUUCCGGCCCCGCUCCGCCGGCGACGCCCCCGCGCGACGUCACUCCCGCGACGACACGUGGGUCCCGACCACGUGGGCGCCGUUCCCACGGGAUGCGGUGCUGGAGCGGCCCAGCAGUUGUGUGAGAUGCUGCCAAGUGCUGGUGUCUAUUACUUCCCAUGGGAGAUCAACAACUCAGUCCCUGAGGGGGAGGCCCUGAGGACGUUUGGCAGGUUAUGCUGCUAUGACCUGGCCCGAUCCGAAGCCGUUCUCACUGCUCAGCACAGCUCAGCUCAGUACCAGGUCUGUGUUGACACCAAGUUUGUGGAGCCGUUCCAAGCCCAGCUGGGAUCUUUCUACAUCGUCCUGGGAGAGGCUGAAUACAGGGAAGAAACUUCCAGUCCCGUGGUAAAAGCACGAAUAUUGACCUGCGUGGAAGGGAUGAACGUGCCCUUGCUGGAACAAGCCAUACAGGAGCAGAGGAAAUACUUCAAGGAGAGGCAGGAGCAGAGGGAAAGCAGCACAUCUUGACAGCUCCGAGACCAGACAUAUGCUGGUCCUUGCACUACCAUUUGCAACAAAUAUGUUAAAAGUAAAUUAGGAUGUGGGUUUGCUACAUGGGUUUUGCUGUGGCAAACAGCAAAGUCACUGAGCAGGGAAGCACUUGAAGGCUGUGAGUCAGUCUGUGACUGGGUUAUCCAUUCAUGCCAUGUGUCAUCACUGAAAAUAGCUCAGGGAAGGUUUGUUGUUUGUUUUUUGAAAGGGUGAUUAAGGAAGGGGAACACUUGGGUUAUACUGGUCCUUUUGUAAUACAGGGCCUGGAGAAGUCGGGAAAAGAAGUCACUGAAUCUGGAGUUAAGCAGCUCAUUGUUGGCAGAUUGGAGGAAAGAGGAAAGGGUGCCCUGACUCAGUUGCCACACAGGAACAUUCCUGGCAAAACACUCACUUACCUGGAUUGACCAACAAAGAAACAAGAAGAAC